GCGGCGUGGGGGCUUUUAGUGAUAGCGUCGGGGAAGGAGGGACAGCCGCGAGUCCGCGGGGUCAUUUGUGUUGGUGCCCCGAGAGGAAGGGUUGGGUUGGGGUCAGCGAGGCGGAGGCGCUGGCAGCAGCGGGGUAGGCGGAGCCGCGUGGCCGCAGCGGACCUUUGUGUAGGGUCUGUUUCGCUGUCCCCAGGUCAGACUUAUUUUAGACUUGGGCUUUCUUAGUCUGCUCUGAGCAGAACGCAGGCCGUACUCUGGCGAGCCCAGAAACACCCCCCACCCACACCAGUGCCUUCCAUCAGCCUCUGCGCCUGCUGGGAGCUGCUAAAAGCCCUUUUACCCCCACCGAGUCCACGUCGGCGCGGCCCCGGGGGGCGGCAUCUGUCCCAGUGCUUGGCGGUGCGGAGGUGAGGGCAAGGCAUUGCUCUCCCUUUGUAUUUACUCUUCGAGCCGAACCGGUGAUAGAAGCGGGACUUGGCACGGGCGCAGAUAUCCAUAGGAAGAAAAGGAAUGGUGGGAGAUAGGCAGGGCUGGGAGGCGAGGCUUGGGAGAGCGCUGUCCUGCUGUUUUCUUUCUGUAAGCAGCAGUUGUAGAAAACGGCACUGUUUUGUGUUUUUGGUGUUUAUUGUUUUUUUUUCUUCUGUCACUUUUUAAUGUUUACUCAAAAAGAAGAAAGAUGGGAGCACUGUGUGAUGGUACAGUGAGAUCUGGUGUUCGGUUCCCAUUUACCUGCACAGCAGAGCUACGAGUUGGUUUGGCACCUAUUGGUUGGGUUCUCCCAUGGCACGCUCAAGUGGGUGUCUAAACAUCAUUAGCAAAGGGCGUUCUUAAAAUCCUAACGCAAACCCCAUUAUUUUCAAUGCGGCGUUGUGUUUUAACAGGAGUUAUUUAUCAACUGCUUACAAAACACAAAUUGCCACAAUUAAGAGGAAAUGAACAUAAUUUUGGUGGACAUUUUCCCACGUUCCUCUUCUCCUUCACUGGGGUAACGGCACAGAUGGGUGCACUGUGCCCCCCGGCUGCACACCCCGGGCAUGCCGUGUGCUUUGGUUUUGGAUUGCAGACGCGGAGCAGCAGCCUGCGGUCAGGUGAACUUCACGUGAGCUGCGGCCACGAUUUCCUGUCAGCAACAAAGGAGACAGUGCAUCAGUGGGAAAUGGAAAAGGACAAAGUCUUUGCAGCCGUGCGCUGCCUUGCUGAAAGCAUCCCAGCUCUCAGUGAGCCACGUUAACUUUUACGGCUGAUGGAUAAAACCAAUUCUGUUAUCUUAUAAAAACAGAAAUACCCAUCCUUUUUUCUCUUCCAUUUUUGCAAAUUCAGGGAUACGUUGAGCUCUGACACCUGCUGCCAGUGGUGUUCCUUUUGUAACAAAUAUUGGUUUUAAUAUUAUGCAUUUGGUAAUCUAGUUUACCCUUCAUGAAGAUCUUAUGGCACACUCGCACGCAUACGGGGAUAGAUUUAGAACCAUAAACCGUUCCCGUUCUGCUUAUCUAAUUCUCAUUGACACCUAUGGAUAUGGAGCAGCGGAUCUGGGGCAGCCCGAGAUGGAUCCUUCUCCCACUGACACCGCUAUAGAUUGGAGUUGCUCCCCAAUACCUGACCCCCAAUGCACGUUUCUUGCUGAAGGGCAGCGGCUCGGGGCUGAUUUAUGCUUCUCACCUCCAGAUAUGCCCUGUGUGCAAGCGCAGUAUAGCCCUUCGCCGCCCGGUUCGAGUUAUGCAGCUCAGACCUAUGCGUAUGGCUCGGAGUACAGCUCGGAGAUCAUGAACCCGGACUAUGGCAAGCUGACCAUGGAGCUGAGCAGCACCGAGAUCACCGCCACCGCCACCACCUCCCUCCCCAGCUUCAGCACCUUCAUGGAGGGUUACUCCGGCAGCUAUGAGCUCAAGCCUUCCUGCCUCUACCAAAUGCAAUCCGCCUCCUCCGGCCAGAGGCCCCUCAUCAAGAUGGAAGAUGCCCGGCUCUCCACCUACCAGCCCUCGCUGCCCCCCUCGGUGGACGAGAGCAUGCCCAGCACCUCUAUGUACUUCAAGCAGUCACCUCCCUCCACGCCCACCACGCCCGGCUUCCCCCCGCACCAGAGCCUGUGGGACGAGCCCCCGCUGCCUCCCACACAGACCUGCCUGCCCCCCGGCCACCUGAUGGAGGCCGCCCCCAUGAAGACUGCGCCUCCGCGCUUCCCCCUCUUCCACUUCAAGCACUCUCCUCCCCACACGCCGCCGGCAGGCCCCCACAUGUGCUACGACCCGGCCUCCCUGAGCUUGCCGCUGGGCUCUGACAGAUCACCAGCCGGCCAGGCGCCCAUGGAGAGCCACUCUUACGGGCUGCCCUUGGCCAAGCGGCCGGCCACCUUAGCCUUCUCACCGCUCGGCCUCAACGCGGCCGCCUCUGGCCUCAUGGGCGAGGCCAGCGGUGGUGGUGGUGGAGGGCUGCCCUCUCCGCCCAGCAGGAGUUCCUCGUCCGGGGAGGGCACGUGCGCCGUCUGCGGGGACAACGCUGCCUGCCAGCACUACGGCGUGCGGACCUGCGAGGGCUGCAAGGGCUUCUUCAAGAGGACGGUUCAGAAAAAUGCAAAAUAUGUUUGUCUGGCAAACAAGAACUGUCCGGUGGACAAGAGACGCCGUAACAGAUGUCAGUACUGCCGCUUUCAGAAGUGUCUCAGCGUCGGCAUGGUGAAAGAAGUUGUCCGCACGGACAGCCUGAAAGGGAGAAGAGGUCGGCUGCCUUCCAAACCAAAGAGCCCCCUGCAGCAGGAACCUUCGCAGCCCUCCCCGCCUUCUCCUCCCAUCAGCAUGAUGAACGCCCUUGUACGAGCUUUAACUGACUCCACGCCCAGGGAGCUCGACUAUUCACGAUACUGUUCCACCGAUCAGGCUGCUGCAGGCACAGAUGCAGAACAUGUACAACAGUUCUAUAAUCUUCUGACUGCCUCCAUUGACAUAUCCAGAGGCUGGGCAGAAAAAAUUCCGGGAUUUACUGACCUCCCAAAAGAAGAUCAGACAUUACUCAUAGAAUCAGCUUUUUUGGAGCUGUUUGUACUAAGACUCUCCAUCAGGUCUGAUACUGCUGAGGAUAAGUUUGUAUUCUGCAAUGGACUUGUGCUUCAUAGACUUCAGUGCCUUCGUGGAUUUGGGGAGUGGCUCGACUCUAUUAAAGACUUUUCCUUAAACUUAAAGAGCCUUAACCUUGAUAUCCCAGCCUUAGCAAGUUUAUCAGCUCUAACUAUGAUAACAGAACGACAUGGCUUAAAAGAACCAAAGAAAGUGGAAGAGCUAUGCAACAAGAUCACAAGCAGUUUGAAAGAUCACUUAACUUUCAGUUGCCAAAACAAAGGACAGCCGCUCGAGUCCGCAGAGCCUAAGGUACUGGGUGUUCUUGCUGACUUGCGUUCUCUCUGCACACUGGGACUGCAGCGCAUCUUUUACCUGAAACUGGAAGACUUGGUGCCAGCCCCUUCCAUUAUCGACAGGCUGUUUCUGGAUACUUUGCCCUUCUGAGUCCAGCCACCCUCCUGAAAGGCAAAUGCCCACCAGAGCAGGCAAACGGAUCAUGACUUACUGCUAACAUUUCUGCCCUCACUUAACAGAAAAGCAGCUCCAGCUCUAAAAUGAGGUCUUUUCUGGCGCUUUGUCCUUACAACAUGAGGCCUAAAACUUACUGGCUUACUGUUUUGGGGUUGUGUUCUUUGUUUUCCUUUUUUUUUUUUUGGGUUAUUUGUGUGUGUGUGUGUGUGCGUGACUUGGGUUUUUUAAACGGCUAAUAUGGCACUUUUGGACAAUGCUAUCCCAGCAGCAGUAAAAGGUUAACACGACUGUUUCAAACUUGUUGUUUAACACCUCAUGGGACAUGAGGAAUACAGUGGUAGAAGCUGUGUGUUUGAAAUCAAGAACAGCAAAUAGUUGUUUGCCAAGGUAGUAUGUGUUUUGUGAGGAUACCUUUAGCAUACUUCCUGCAUCAAGGGCACAUACAUCAGCACAAUCGAAACAAAAAUCUCACUUUUUUAACAAAGUACAUUCAAUUGAACAUUUCACAUAAAUCCAAUAUAGCAAAAUGACGAUGGCUGUUAGCUCCCAUGUUCAAGUGCAAUUUUUUAAAGUGCUGUCUUACUAAGUCUUGUUUAUUAACUAAUUUAUUUUAAUAUGAAAAUAAAAGGAAGAAACCAAGUGAGAAAUUGACGUGCACUAACUUACAUGACAGAGUUUUCCAAACUUGACUCCGUGUAGCGUGACUUACUGACAAAUGUCUGUGGGAGACACGGGAACGACCGCGGCUCAGUUGUUCCCUAGACAAGGAAAUGCGAGUAAGUAGUGGCUGGAGCGCACAGGGUCAGCAUCAGGGAUAGUUUGCCUUUAGACUUUAACAGAAGUACCUGGUUAGUAAACAGACGCACGAUGGGUUUCAAGAACAAGCAAGUCUUGUAAAAUAGUAUGAAUGUAAGUGCUAGGAAGGAUAUAGUGAGCUGCGUUUAAACAUUCCGUGUUCGUACUCCUUUUUGUAUGUUUAUACUGUUGAUGCCAUAUUAAUAUGAAAUAAUUUGUUGCAUAGUGUCUUUAUUUGUAUAAACGUUUGUAUGCAUGGUAUAUUGUAUUGGCUUUGCCUGUAUUUAUUGCAAUGACUGCCAGCUCGUAGGAGCCCUGUUACACACGAUAAGGAAAUGGGGUGUUCACACUGACUCAGAUACACCAGUUGGAAAACUAUAUACAUAUAUAUAAUGUGUAUAUAUAUAUAUGUAUAUACCUAUAUUUGUGUGUGUGUGUGCGUGAGCGUGCGCGUGUCUUUUUAUUAACCAUUUGUAUAUAAAAUAUCUGUCAGAUCACAAGCAGAGCUAUUUUACAGUUCAUUUGCAGUGACUUCUAAGGCAGUACUGUUUAGCACUUUGAUAUUAAAAUCUUGCUCAUGUUUUGCUAAAUUCAAAUAAUAUUUAAAGAUUUUAGUUCUAAAAAAAACUUUAUAUGCACUGUAUUAAGUCAAAAUUUUGUUGGUCAUUUUGCUAAGGAAAUUUUUGAAUGUCAACCUGAUGUCACUGUAUCUUUUGUUAGCUUUAAACAUUCUAGCUUUUGUCUUUUUUUAAACUAUGCUGUUUAUAUGGAAAUUAAAUUAUACAAUCAAACAGAUGCCAAAUGAAUUGCCUAAUUGCUGCAAAGGAUAACCCAGAUAUCGAGUCACUGUAUGGUUUUCAAAUAGUAAUCUGGUAUUUUAUCACUUACUAUGUUUGGAUGUGCUUUUAUGAAAAAAUUAUUCUUAUAUCAAGAUUUAUAGUAGUGUCAAUAGGGAAACAGACUUCUAAUCACUAUAGUUAAUAUUUCUGGUUUACCUGCAGAUAAUAUUUGGAAAAGUAUUGCUUUUUGUAUUGACUUUUAAGCUUAUGUGCAAACAUAAUAGCAUAAUUAAAUAUCAGAGAAGCUAAUGUUUCUUGUAGGUUGCUGUAACAAGCCUGACCAGCAAGACAAAUAUAUUUUGACUGAACUUGCUUUUGUAUAUACUAAAUAUAUAUAUAUAUAUACAUAUAUAUAUAUACACACAAUCACACACAUGUGCGCAUAACAAAAACAUACAGAAGCUGAAUCAGAAAGUAUGUUUACCUUUGUCUCCUUGUGUCAGACACAAGGUCCCUUGGGAAAUCACUUCUGCCUAGGGACAGAGCCUGCCAGGCGCUGAGCAUCAGUGAAGGGGUCCUGGGCGCUCCUUGUGAGUGGGCCCUUCCACUGAGUUUUCAGCACAGAACAGUGAAAUUGCUUUUUGUUGGGCGAAGUUUAUUUAUUCAGUGGGAUGUGAAUGGAGGGAGCAGGUCCAGAGCCCCACGUGAGAUUUCAUGUAGCCGGUGUGCUUCAGUCUUCCAUGGAUAGUCUUAACUGUGAUACUCUCCCAUUCCCGUCACCUACCAAACCGUCCUUCAUUUCAACUCCAGUGCACAGACCCAUCGUAGAGUGCAGCCAGUGACAGAUCACGAUGGUGAAAGAAGAAUUAAUGCAGAAUAAAUCUCCUACCUUCCUCACAGCUCUCUCAGUGUGAACAUGCCUUUUUCUAGGCAGAAUUCAGGAAUAUAUCAGGUGUUAAGGGAGAGUGCCUUGCUUUUGUUUCAGACAACAGUGUUUCAAGAGUUUCUUCACUCCGCUAACUGCAGUACUUUCUUCUUUUUCCUUUUUUUUUUUUUUUUCCUUUUUGUGGUGUUAACCUGUGGGUUGAAAGAAACGCUCUUGUACAUAUACAAUGUAAAUUAAAAUUAUUAAAUUGAAUAACGUUUUUUUCAGAGGCCCCAUGUGUGUUGAAUAAGUAUGCUUAAUUCUGUUAAAAUCUGAUGUGAAUUUUUUAUCAUUUAUAAAACAUUAAAAAAUUGUGUACUUGAGUCUUUAGAGUGGAAAAAUUGGUGAAGGAUGCUUAAGAACACUGGCAGCUUAAUGGCUAGUCCUUAGGUUAAAAGAGCUUUCAUAUAAAUACAGUGAGACCCACAGUGCCUGGUUACCCAGCCUCGAUUAGCUCCUGUCCAUGGCUGUCAUGGAAGCCCUGUUGUAGAGACCUCCCUCUCCUCACUGCACUUCUCCAUGUCAGCAAAAAGUUGUAAUUAACUUGCAAAUGAUGACAGCCCCAAGGGAGGGAGGGGACGGCUGUAGCCAACCCACAGCAUGCAUGUCUGGCUAGAAAGUGGACCGAGCUCUGAUCCCGUCUCCUGCCCUGGUAGAACCAGGCCCCAGUGGGAACACACAGCAAUUUCUGUGUGCAGACAGCUCUCCUCCUUCCCCUGCCCUUGCUUUGCAGGAGGGAUGACUUAUCCCCCAGCAGACAAAACUGUUUAACUAUAAAUCCAUUUUCUAAGCAGUUCUGAGAGGCACCUGACCCUCGGCCAAACUCCUGCAGAACUUGCUCAGCUGGAGGUGGCACCAAGCGAUGAGCUGUGGUAGGUUGCAAGAUUGGCAGAUUGUUCUUUGGAAAUGCAGCAAAGCAAAGGGAUGUGCAAACUCUUCCAAAUCUUUUUCUUUUUUCUUUUUUUUAAUGGCUUAUUUUAAAAAUUUGACCACUGUUCUUAAAAUACCUAGUUGGUAUGUCGAGGAGUUUUGCAUAAUAGUCCUGCAAGGUAAAACACGCAGAUCUACUGACAAACCCUGCCCAGGGUAUGAAUUCUAAUCAUAGAAUCAUAGAAUUGUUCAGGGUGGAAAAGACCUUAAAGAUCAUCAAGUCCAACUGCAACCUAACCAUACUACCCUAACUCUAGACAAAGAUUAUCCUCAGUAGCUUGCCUGUAUUUCAAUCUGUAGUUAAUGGGGGGACCAUAAAUUGUGUCCCUAGAUAUCAGCCCCAAUCUAGACCACCUAAACUCAUAUCCUUAUGUGUGCCUCAUGUGCUUGUAUUCCUGAAUCACCAUGUCAGUGGCUGCAUCCCCACAAAGCGACACGAUGCCCUGGGAGCCUGGGCUGAGUCAGGAUCCUCACCCAGUAGGGAUCAUCCUUAGACAGGAGGCCUCAAGGCACCCCAAAAUGAGUGACUGUAAUUAGAGGCGAGCCAAAUCUCUUUCUACAGUUUUCCUACCGUUGCUUCUCACAUUCAGGUUCAUUUGUCCAAUAUAUAGAGCUCAAAUUUCAGUUUUGAUGCAGAGAAGGGAGAGAAAGAGAUUUGAUUGUACAUAAUUAAGCAUGUCUGACAAAAAUUGGCAACUCCCUCUAUGGAUACUAUGAAAUAUUGUUUGAUUAAUUAUUUGUAUUAUAGCAACACCUAGAGGCCACAGCAGAGAUCAGGACCCUGCUUCGUAGCUACCCCAAUUUGCACCUACAGUACUCACCCAGGGAAGUUCCAUCCAAACAGAAAAAGUAGAAAGGAGAAAACUCAAGAGAAAAGGAGUAGUAUAUAGACUGUCAUGCCCAAGGGCAGGCAGCAUUUCACUCAGAGCUGUGAGUAAAAACCUCAGCUGGCUGAGCUAGUGGCCAGUGAAUGCUCUGAUUCUGAUUGCCUUUUCUUUCCUGAGGCAAUUUUAUACAAACACAACAAAAGCAUUACAGAAUUCAAAAUGAUCCAUGUAUUCCAACUGAUCUGGUCUGCGCUGUGUGCAUAAGUGGUGCCCUGUCAUCCAUCAGACUUCAAAAUCCUGCUCGAUCCCAAGUUUGGAAGAUGUGAUGCAAGCUAGGCAGUAUUUGGAAAGGAGCUACUUAGCUGUUCUUUAUUAAAUGAAUGGAGCUGAUCAUCAGGAAUAUUACAAGAUAUGGGUUAAAUAAUAAUUACUAAUGAAUAAAAAAGAUUAACUUUUGAAAAUGCCAAACUAUUGAUGCAGUAAUUGAAUAAAUGUGGAGUCAAUUAAUCAAAUUCUUAACAGUUGAUGAUAUCUUUGAGAAUUGUACCCCUGCCUGACCUACAUUUGUGAGAAUUCCAAAUACAGCAAUUUGUCAAAUGUGA